AUGGAUCAUUUAUCGAAAUUUUCAAAUGAAAACAUUGGAUCGGAUAUAACAUACUGGCAUGAAAAAUUCAAUCGAAUAUGGAAACGAAGUGAUUGGAUAUUUUCCAUGCUACGUUCUACAGAUGAUUAUUAUAAACAGCCGAUUAAACUUCGAUUACCAUUGAUAUUUUAUCUUGGUCAUUUACCAUGUUUUACUUGGGCACAAUUUCAUCAUUUGAAUAAUGUCAAUGAUAUUAUUGAUCAAAAAUUUGAUAAAAUUUUUGUACGUGGUGUCGAUCCAGAUGUUGAAACAAGUAUUGUUAAACAUAGUCAUUCGAGUCAAUUCUCGACUGAUACCAAAAUUGAAGAAGAAUAUUGGCGAUCAUUUACUGUUCAAAGUGUGAUUGAUUAUAAGAAUAAUGUUCGAAUAAAAUUGAUCAAUAUUUUGUCAAAUGGUCAUCUAGAUUUCAAUGACAUAAAAACAUUAAAUAUACUCAAUAUUAGUGCAGAACAAGAAAUGUUACAUCAAGAAACAUUAAUGCACUUAUUUGUAAAAUUACCAAUAGAAUCACUACAAUUAAAUUCUAUUAAUGAAUAUGAUUUUUUUCAACGUAAUCCUAUUUCUUCAUUAUCAAAUAAUACAUGGAUAAUGUUUCCAGGUGGACAAACAUCACUUGGUAAACCACAUAGUGAUGAUAUAUCAACAUUUACUUUUGGUUGGGAUAAUGAAUUUCCCUGUGAAUCUGUUUAUGUAUCAGUUUUUGAAAUGCAAUCACAUCCAAUUCGUAAUGGAGAUUUUCUUCAAUUUAUUCUUGACAAUGGUUAUACAACAAGUGAUUGGUGGGAUAAAAAUGUUUUUACUUGGAUAACACAAUCGAAUAUACGUCAUCCUUCAACAUGGACAAUACAUGAAAAUUCUUAUCAAGUCAAUUUUGUCUUACAACGUAAUAUUCCGCUUGAAUUUGUAUUUGAUCAUCCUGUUCUUGUAAGUCAAGUAGAAGCAAAAGCAUAUUGUCGAUGGAUAUCAACAAAAACUGGUGAAGAAAUUGAAUUACCGACUGAAGCUGAAUGGAUACAUGCAUUAUGGGAUUUAUCAAAUUGUAUACGUUCGGCUCUGACAACAAAUAAUUGUAAUAUUAAUUUUCAUCAUCUUCAUACGCUACCUGUAUGUUCGAAUAAUAAUGAAAAAUUACAAUGGCAAGGAUCGGCAUUUGAAUGGACGUCAAGUAUUUUUCGACCAUUUUCAGGUUAUCGAAGUGCUCUACCAACAUAUCCUGGAUAUUCUGCUGACUUUUUUGAUAAUCAUCAUUUUGUUCUAUUGGGUGGAUCAUUUGCAACUGAUUCAACAUUGAUACGAAGAACAUUUCGUAAUUGGUAUCAAGAUAGAUAUCAAUAUGCCUUUGCUACAUUUCGAUGUGUAAAACGUGUCAAUCACAUUGAUAGUAAACUUACUAAAAUUGAUCAUGAUGAUAUUGUUGCUGCAUUAAGCAAUACAGAACAUCGUCGAAUAGCUUCAAAAUAUUUUUAUGAUGCUCAAGGUUCAUCUAUUUAUACACAAAUAACUCAAUUAGAUGAAUAUUAUCCAUUUGCACAAGAAUUAAAACUUUUAUGUCAACGAGCAAAUGAUAUUAAAUCAACAAUUAUUCAUCAUUCGAACAUUCUAAAUAAUUCAUCAUCAACAAUACAUUUUAUUGAACUUGGUUGUGGUGAUGGAAAAAAAGUUGAAACAUGGUUAACACCAUGGAUUACUUCAUCUGAUGAUAUAUCAUUUGUAUAUCAUCCAGUUGAUAUAUCUCAACAUGCUAUUGAUUCGCUUGUUCAACUUCUUAAGAAAACUUUUAAUGAAAAUACUAUUGAAAAACAUGUCAAGCCAAUAUGUUCAACAUUUGAGAAUAUGUACACAAAGAUAAAUACUGAUAUAAUGGGAAUACAAGUUGUAAUGUUAAUGGGCAGUACAAUUGGUAAUUUUUCAUCUUAUGAUCGAAACCAUGUCAAAUAUGGUGAAGAUGCACCAGUUAUGCAAUUACUUCGAUUGAUACGUCAAAAUUUACGUAUUGGUGAUUGGUUUAUAUGUGCAUUUGAUAUGUGUAAGGAUACAGCCACAAUGAUUCGAGCUUAUAAUGAUUCAAAAGGUGUUACUGCAGCAUUCAAUAUUAAUCUUCUUGCUCGUCUUAAUCGUGAACUUAACUUUAAUUUCAAUUUGAAUAAUUAUCAACAUUAUGCCUUAUACAAUCCAUUAUAUAGACAAAUGGAAAGUUGGUUGCUUUGUCUUAAUCAUGAAACAGUAACUGAUCAACAAGGUUUUACUAUGAAUUUGCAACCAUAUGAUGCUAUACAUACAGAAUUAUCUACUAAAUAUACACGAGAAGAUAUUGAAUCAUUAAUGGAGAAAAAUUCGAUGAAAAUUAUUGAAUGUUUUAUUACUGAUAAUCAUCGAUUUCCAUAUUGUUUAUGUAUGGCACAAAUGAUAUAA